UCCAUAAACCAUUGCAGACACACAGUAAGCUCAUUACAGCAAUAGUGAGUUGCAGAUGCAGGAGAAUCUUUUGGGUGACAUGGAGAUGAAAGGUGGUAAUCAACCUAAUCCAAAUCUUGGUUAUGGGAACACAGAGUUUCCAAAUGCAGAUUAUCCAGGAUAUACCCCACAACAAAAUCCUUAUGGAUAUCCAUCUGCUGGGUACCAACCUGCUGGAUAUCCUCCUCCAGGGCCUUACCAAGUUCAACCUGGCCAAGCUAUGCCAAAUCAGUCUGGAGCUGCCUGGAUGCCAUUACCUGCUGCCAUCCCAAACUGCCCGCCAGGGCUGGAAUAUUUGAGCCAGAUUGACCAGAUACUGGUUCACCAACAAGUUGAGCUGCUAGAAGUGCUGACUGGCUUUGAAACAAACAACAAAUAUGAGAUAAAGAACAGCAUGGGCCAAAGAGUCUACUUUGCUGCAGAAGAAAAUGAUUGCUGCACGCGGAAUUACUGUGGCCCCAGCCGACCCUUUAUCAUGACAAUUGUGGAUAACACGGGUCGUGAGGUUAUUAAAUUACACAGGCCGUGCAGAUGUUCAGCAUGUUGUUUCCCAUGUUGCCUACAAAAACUUGAAGUGCAGGCUCCUCCUGGGACAGUUGUGGGUUAUAUUGUCCAGAACUGGCAUCCAUGUCUGCCUAAAUUUACUAUUCAGGAUGAGCGAGGACAAGGCGUUCUGAAAAUCAGAGGCCCAUGCAUACCUUGUAGCUGUUGCGCCGAUGUUAACUUUGAGGUAAAGUCAAUGGAUGAAAGCGCAGUGGUUGGAAUGAUCUCCAAACAGUGGACCGGUAGUGUAAAAGAAAUAUUUACCGAUUCUGACAACUUUGGAAUCCAGUUCCCAAUGGACCUUGAUAUUAAAACCAAAGCUGUCAUGCUUGGUGCCUGUUUCCUCAUUGAUUUCAUGUUUUUUGAAACAAAGAAUUAACUGAAAUGGAAGACUGACUUUAAACAACGACACAAAUACAACAUAUUAUAGCAGUGGUUGUCCAAAAACAUUUCAAUUCUGUUCAUUUCCAAUUUAUUGUACUUUUCAGACAUAUACAUGGGAUGCCUGUGGCUUAUUUUAAAUGGCACUGACCCAAGUUUUGAUCUUGUAACUUGCAAAGAUUUUCAUGGUAAUGGCACAGGGGUGAGUUUCGGCAGAGACAUUUAAAAAAACUUGCAUGAAAAAGCUGACAUUUUCAGCUGAGGGUAUUAUUAAAAGUAAUUAAGGGAAGUUUUUGUAGAUGAUUCUCAUAGAGGUAAGGGUGAUUUCACACAUAUAGGUGGUACGUAAAUGCGGACUGUCCAAUUUAGUGCUAUUAAUUACACGCUGAUAUAUAUAUAAUAUAUAUCAGCGUAUAAUUAAUAGCACUAAAUUUAUUGAGGUGCAGCGGAAACAUUCGUUUCUUAAAUAAAUUGUUUAUACUUUUGGAUAAGA